AUGUGUACCGGUAACUCAACGCGCAUCAGCCAAGGGGGCUCAAUAGCUGUCCUUCGACCAACACAUCACCUCCAACGCACACAAUCCGAAGAUGAUAUGCUCCUCUUCUUCAGCAACAGAUGUUCGAGUCGCGGGACAAGCGUCGAGUUGGAAGGCUGGAACGAGGAAGAGCAGAACGACAAACACUGGGUCGUCAUACAUCGGGACGGCGACCUCUCUUCGUCACCACAACAAAGUGUUCCACUAUAUUCGUUCUCAUUGGAUUCGAGUAUGGCGCCAGUCAUGCAGCUGCCUCAGCGGCUAGAUCUAGGAGUAGGCGACGUCGGUAUUAUUGGGCGCAGAGUCUCCGUGAUGACUAGUUCUACUAAGGGGCCUCUAACAGUAGCGGAGGGCAUCAUCGGUUGGAAUUGA